UGUGGUUCUGUUCGGUAAAUAGACGCAUCUAAGUCACAUGAUCUAAUAUUCAAACAUGUCGGCGGAUCUGACGAUAGGGUCCGUUCCGGCGUACUAUCGAGAGGUCUACGAAAUUUUGUGUCCUCAUAAUGAACAGGUGGAUAAAGAUCUGUUUAUACAGCUGUUACUGAAGUCCAGUUUGCCUCGUCCCACAAUAUCACAGAUAUGGGACAUGGUGGAAAGCAAACAAGGUUAUUUAACCAGAGUAGGGCUGUACAAAGCUCUUGCUCUAACUGCCCUGGCCCAGCAAGGAAAAACUGUCAGUGAAAAGUUGCUGGAAAGCUUCUCUGGUCAUGAACUACCAAGACCAAACCUUGGGGAUUUAUCAGACCUACGGGCAACAAGCAUUAAGAUGAGGAGACAGAAAUCUCCUAAUGUUCUUGGGUAUUCUUACCAUGAACUCUGCAAACUUGACACAAUUAAAGUGGAACUUGUACCUGAAAAGAAAGGACUAAUUUUAAAACAUGUGGAAUAUGAGGUCACAAGCCAGGUCUGUAAGACAACUGUACUAAGGCGAUACAAUGACUUUCUGGCAUUCCAAGAAAUGUUGAUGAUGCGCUUCCCCUACAGACUCAUACCAAGACUUCCUCCAAAGAAGAUGAUGGGAGGAAACAGAGAGUUUAUAGAACAAAGGAGAAAAGCACUCAGAAGGUUCCUUAACCUGAUAGCCAGACAUCCACAGAUGUACGAUGAUAAACUCGUCAAAUUUUUCUUCUCUUAUUCCGGAACAGAUAUGCAACACAAGAUGAAAGAAGUUUUCAGGGGAAUUCCAGAUGAAUUCAUGACCAGUAAUCUAGCAAGUCAAGCAAAGGACCUGGUUCCUAUGGAUACUCAGACACAGCUUGGCAAUAGUAAAGAACACGUUAGAAUAGUAUACAACAGUGUGUGUAAAUUAAAGGACAUCGCCGAGAGAAUGGUCACGAGGGCCACAAACUAUGCCUGUGAUAUGCUCCAGUUUGGUCAGGAAUUGAGUCAUCUAAGCAACGACAAUACACCAAUCUCAGCGUGGGCCACAGGGACGAACGACACAUGGAGCCACCUACAGAAAGGCUUCAAGCACGUGUCUGUGGAGUACGCAGCCAUCUCGGAGAAAAGCUCAACGGAGGCUGCAGAUGAAGAUGAGCGGGUUCUAGAGAAAAUAUCCUUCUUCCAAGAUAUGUUGAUAUCAUAUAGGGACUUGUGUGAAAGGCAUGAGAAAGGAGUACUUCAAGAUCAUCAAAGGGCAAUUGCAAAAAUGGGUCAAUAUAAAAAGAAAAAGAUGUCAGCAACUGUCAGCUCUUCAGAGGCAGGUGCUGUUGAACAACUAGAACAGAAAAUUCUAGAUCAAGAGAGUCAAAUUGCAAAUAUGGAGAACAGAAACUACUACAGCUUGCAUUGUCUACAAAUGGAGACACAACUAAUUCAUGCCAACCUGGACAUCUUGUAUGACAUUCUAGGAGACAUGACCAAGAUUCAAGCAAAAGCUCAUGGAGAUCUUGCAAAAGUGUGGGGCGAUAUCCAGCCAAUUAUAGACAAUUUACAAGGGCCCCGCCCAGACUCACCUGCCAGACUGUCCCCCGUGGGGUCCCCCAGCAGUAACAGCCACCCAGGGAUCACUGUGUAAUACAGACAGAGCUGUUAAACUGUGUAUACUGGUUGUUUUCUGCCUCAAACAUCUUUAUGCCAUUCCAAAUUCAUUUAAUGUAUUGUAAUAAUGUGGAGUCAUUUUAUUUUCUUUGCGGCCAAUGUUAAUGGCUGGGUGAAAAAAAAAAUUCUGGUAGAUGCAGAACUAAUUUAAUGAGUGAAUAUUCUGGUUAGGAAAACACUUUUGGGGAGUACAAAUUCACAAAAAUUGAGCUACCAUGAAAAUUUUAGAAACUAUGGUAUAGUCACAACCCUAUCAAUAAUGAUGUUAUUGUGACAACCUCUACAUAACAAAGACUCUCCUAACAUGUUAUUUGCCUGUCCGGAAUUUUGAUAAAGAAGAUGCUUAUUUCCCUAAUAUUUCUGUUUUUGAUUCUCACACCUUUACUGUACUGGUAAUUUCAAAACAGUGAACAACGGAGACUGUGCUUGGUCAAGUGAAAAAAAAAAUCAAAUGUUAAAGGUUAGUGUUAGAGUCAUUUUGAAUUGUCACGUGCAAUUUGUUUCACUGUUUUGAAAAAACAAACCCUUGCAUUUGUGCAGCUGAACAUUAUAAUUGAAGGCCACUCAAAAUUAAGUAACAUUAAAUUAACCUUGAAUGGACAGUUAAUUGAUUGCUUUUUCCUAUGAAGUUGAUCAUACACAUGUAGAUGCUAGAAGUCAGAGUUUGACUAAUAUGGGUAAAAACUAGUCAUCAUUUUCCUUUGUCAAUUAUUGUACACUCAUAUAUAUGAGAAUUGAGAUGUAAUCUGCUUUCAUAUACUUGGAAAUUUUACAUAAGAAAAUAAUUUAUUGGCAAAC